CAGUAGUAUCUAAACAAAAAGAAGAUGGAUCCUUUGAAUUGAGUGAGACUAUUUGUAAAGAAUUAGACGUUCCUAUAGAAGACAUUAUGACUACAGUCAAAUUGAACACUAAUAACAAAAGACUACGAUCUCCAAAAUCAGAUUCAUGGUGGAAGACAGCUCUUACUAUGAGUUAUCUUCAAGUUGCCUCACCUCAUUAUGAAAGCCAAUGGAAAGGUAAAUUUAACAAAGCUUGCGAAUAUCUAUCUAAACAAAUUGGUGAUGUGAAUAUUGAAAAAGAAUUAUUAAACUGUACUAAUGAAUAUGUGAUUGAUCGAGCACACGAGAAAGCUAUUCGUAAUAAUGAUCAAGAAGAUAUUUAUGCUCCAAAACAUGAUUUCACUGAAGAAACUCUUCAUGAAGACUUACGUUCCUCCGUUGAUGUAGACGUUGUUCGUAUAAUUUGCAAUAUUCAGCGAGAAGACGGUUCCUUUACCCUAGAUUCUUCAAUAACCGACUAUCUCGAUAUAAACCCAGAGGAAGUUAUUAAAUCCCUUAAGUUCAUUGGUAGUUCUCAACUAAGAGGAUGUGACGAUUCC